AUGUACGAGGACUUUGGGCCGGCCGUCUCGCCGCCGCCCGCCCCCGGGUCGUCGAUGCCCGGCGCCCCGCCAGCGCCGCCCACGCCCCCGGUGGAGGCAGCCGCCGCUUCAUCUGCUGCUCCACCGCCUCCAGCUCCAGCUCCAGCUCCACCUCCUCCUCCCCCUCCUCCGGCAGCUCAUCAGCCUCCCUCGGGCCCGGCCACCGACAACAGCUCCCACCACACCAGCAAGCCCCGCCGCGGCAAGAAUCGCAGCUCAAAAUCGACCAAAAGCGUGAAGAAACCCCGUUUCGGUUGGUGCCUCCAUCCCGGCGUCCUCGUCCUCUGGGUCGUCAUUCUGGCCAUGCUCGCCCUCGGAGGGUACUGUAUGUGGGAGAUUGUGCUCCAUCAC